ACGGCGACGGCGGUGCCCGGGGCCCGCGGCGGCGGCGGCGGCAGCGAGGGGGGCGAAGAUGGCGGACGUGCUCAGCGUCCUGCGACAGUACAACAUCCAGAAGAAGGAGAUCGUGGUCAAGGGAGACGAAGUCAUCUUCGGGGAGUUCUCCUGGCCCAAGAACGUGAAGACCAACUAUGUCGUGUGGGGGACUGGAAAGGAAGGCCAACCCAGAGAAUACUACACAUUGGAUUCUAUCUUAUUUCUACUUAAUAAUGUACACCUUUCUCAUCCUGUUUAUGUCCGACGUGCAGCUACCGAAAAUAUUCCUGUGGUUAGAAGACCUGACCGAAAAGAUCUACUUGGAUAUCUCAAUGGGGAAGCAUCAACAUCAGCCAGCAUAGAUAGGAGCGCCCCCCUGGAAAUAGGUCUUCAGCGGUCUACUCAAGUCAAAAGAGCUGCAGAUGAAGUUUUAGCAGAAGCAAAGAAACCACGAAUUGAGGAUGAAGAGUGUGUGCGUCUUGAUAAAGAGAGAUUGGCAGCUCGUUUGGAAGGCCAUAAAGAAGGGAUUGUACAGACUGAACAGAUUAGGUCUUUGUCUGAAGCCAUGUCAGUGGAAAAAAUUGCUGCAAUCAAAGCCAAAAUUAUGGCUAAGAAAAGAUCUACUAUCAAGACUGAUCUAGAUGAUGAUAUAACUGCCCUUAAACAGAGGAGUUUUGUGGAUGCUGAGGUAGAUGUGACCAGAGAUAUUGUCAGCAGAGAAAGAGUGUGGAGAACAAGAACAACCAUCUUACAGAGCACAGGAAAGAAUUUUUCCAAGAAUAUUUUUGCAAUUCUUCAGUCUGUAAAAGCCAGAGAAGAAGGGCGUGCCCCUGAACAGCGGCCUGCUCCAAAUACAGCUCCUGUGGAUCCCACAUUGCGUACGAAGCAACCUAUCCCAGCUGCCUACAACAGAUAUGACCAGGAAAGAUUCAAAGGCAAAGAAGAAACGGAAGGCUUUAAGAUUGAUACUAUGGGCACAUACCAUGGCAUGACACUGAAAUCUGUAACGGAAGGUGCAUCUGCCCGUAAGACUCAAACUCCUGCAGCCCAGCCUGUACCUAGACCAGUUUCUCAAGCAAGACCACCCCCAAAUCAGAAGAAAGGAUCACGAACACCUAUUAUUAUUAUCCCUGCAGCUACCACUUCUUUAAUAACUAUGCUUAAUGCAAAAGACCUUCUACAGGAUCUAAAGUUUGUCCCAUCAGAUGAAAAGAAGAAACAAGGUUGUCAACGAGAAAAUGAAACACUAAUACAGAGAAGAAAAGAUCAGAUGCAGCCAGGGGGCACCGCCAUUAGUGUCACAGUACCUUAUAGAGUAGUAGACCAGCCCCUGAAACUUAUGCCUCAAGAUUGGGAUCGGGUUGUAGCUGUUUUUGUUCAAGGUCCUGCUUGGCAGUUCAAAGGUUGGCCAUGGCUUCUACCUGAUGGAUCACCAGUUGACAUAUUUGCUAAAAUUAAAGCCUUCCAUCUCAAGUAUGAUGAAGUUCGUCUAGAUCCAAAUGUUCAAAAAUGGGAUGUAACAGUGUUAGAACUCAGCUACCAUAAGCGUCAUUUGGAUAGACCAGUUUUCUUACGCUUCUGGGAAACAUUGGAUAGGUACAUGGUAAAGCAUAAAUCCCACUUGAGAUUCUGAAUCACUUGAUUCCUCCAUUUCUGAAAACUUGGUUUAAGAAGCAUGGAUAUAGCUUCAUCUACAGACUGAAACCCAAGCUUUAUGAAUUCAUCAAGAACUUGCAAAUGAAGAAGGCCACAGAGCAGUCUUUUAUAAGACCUUGUUUGAUUCUGUGUGCUUCAAAGGGGCAUUGCCUCCCAUCCAUACAAGCAAACUUUUUUGGCUUACAACUAUUUUUUUAAUAUUAGCCUUCUAGUCUGUAAUGGAAAUUGUAUAUUUUGAUAGAAGCUUUUUCUCUAUUGGUUAAAUUAGCAUUACUUAAAAAAAUUUGUUUCUUUAGAAAUAAAUACAGGUUAUAAAUGUGUGUAUAUUUAGAAGUUAUUAGGCUCUCUAAGCCAUCUUGCUUCUGAUUUUUCAUUGCUCUAUGAUUCCUUUUACUGGAAAAUACUGUCAUGAAUGGUUUUAAAUUUUAGACUCUAGAACUUCAAAACCCUAUCAAAGGGAAGUAACUAUUAAAUCAGUUGAAAGUUGGCCUGUGUGUAUACUAUGUCUAUACUAACUCAUGUUUAAAAAGGAAUAAUGAAAAAUCAAGAACAAGUCUUCAGUUUCGGUUGAAUUCAGCCUUUUCAAGAUUUCUUUUGUAAAUGAAUACAUUUAAUGAAUGUACACUAUCUUUGUUGACUUUGAUGAUUUUAAACUUAAAGUGAUAUAUUUCUAUCUGGGAUAUGUUUCCACUUGAAAAGAAAUCUCAAGAAACAAAGAUUAAAGUAUAAUAGGCUGUAGUGACUCUUACUUAGAAAGCUAAAGUAUGAUUUCGGAGACUUGAGUACGUAUCAGCCUAGUUACAGUGUAACUUGAACUUCUAAGUUUGAUUUUGAUUCUUAUAUGCUAUAGGAUUUUGAGUCUUCUAUUUGUACACAUGUCAACUUGGGACUUCUUAUCUUCCAUUAUCUCUAAAUAUUGAUAAAUUCCCAGGCACCAAAGAACACAUUUGGUUACGUGUCUGAACAGAAACAAGAUAAAAACACUGGUAUUUUUAUGUGUGUGUUCAAUGUGGUAUAAAAUAUAAAACCUAUAUUUUAACUUAGUAAAAUAUUUUACUAUUUCUCUACUUUAGACAGAGUGUUGCAUCCAAGCUGCAAUGAGUGACCAUGCUCUUUGAGUCCUGGUUUUACCUUUUACUAUUUAAAAGGAAUAUUUAUUCCUUGAAACCGUUUUCUGCCAUUAGAGCUCUUGUUGACCAUCCCACCUUGUAUCUUGUUUUCUUCAGUGACUAUCUCUUAGGUUAUCAAAUUGGGGAACUUGGGGGUGCAGUAAAACAUUUAGCUCUUCUGUUCUGGUGAGGAUACUUAGCCUCUUUAGAAUUUAAUGCUAUCAUAAAGAUGAGAAAAAAGUAUUAAUUUAUUUUAUUAACUUACUACAAAAAUCAAUUAUCAGUAAAAAUGCAAAAGAUAUUUAUUCAGAUGGAAUUCAGUGGGCUCUCCCGAAGAGAAGCAGCUAUUGUUUCAAAUGACUUUAGUACAUUUUGAAUUUUAGUAGGUUUUGCCCACAAUUUCCUAUUCUCCUGCAUCCUCUUCUUUAUGGCAAAAGAAAACUCAGUUUGUUCAGAGAAUUUCUCAGCAUACAAAUCAAUUCUUAAAUUAUGUAUUGAAUAAACUUUCUCCACAAUGAAAUAGUCAGUGAGUCAAACCUGUAAUACUUUAAUGUAAAAUUACUUGUUAGGACUACUGCAAAGUGGACAUGAACUACUACCUUUCCAUAAAGAUGUUUGAUAUUUAUUCUUACUAUCUGAAAUUUACUUGAUAACAGAGUAUGGUUAAAAUUAAUAUCUACUUUGAACAUGGUUUAUUUUUCUAUUUUAAAUUUGCUUUGUGUUUAGUCAAAGGUUUCUGGGUAUACCUGUAACUUAGUAAAUCUAGAACUGUGCUUUACGUGUAUCUUGAAAUCAGAUUAUUUGUGUGCACUGGGGUUUCUUGUUUUAUUUUUAAGAUUUUAAAAAAGAAAAUUGAGGUGGAAACAUAAUGAGUUUCCUGCUAGCAGUUUGGUGGACACAUGUCAUUUACUUGUUCUUUUCCUAUCCUUGCUGACCUCCCCGUUCCUCUUGCCUCCAUUUCCCUUUUUGCUUUCCUAUCACAUAUAUUCUAUUUCUUUUUCUUUUUCUUCCUCACCCUCUCCUAAGAACUCUUCUGCCUUCUGUAUCAUAGUUUCCUUUCUUUAAUUACCUACACAUAAACAUGCACAAACAUUUUAGAUUUUUUUUUUAACCUCAACAUUUUGGUCCCAUAAGUAAGUUUAUGAAAUUUUAUAGUGAUUAAUUAUAGAAAUAAAGGGAAAAAGCAAAUUAUAAAAAUCCACUAUGCUCAGCCAAUCAUUCAUUAUUCUCCUGUGACUCAGUUCUGCAGCAGCACCUAACAGUGCCUUGCACAUGUAGGCAUUCAGUAGUUAUUUAUAUGUGUAAAUGGAUGAUGUAUUUUCAGCAUAAGUGAUUCAGUCUUUAAAAUAGUUUUGACCAUAUUUGGUCUUAGAAUUUGAGAAUAAAGAAGUAUAAGCAAUGAGAAGAAAUAAGUAGAUAGUUUAAUGAAAAUGAGUACACAUUAAUAAGUUCAGUUUCCCUAUAAGUUGCUAACUGGAGGUAUUCUUGCCAGCUUUACUUGUAAAGGAAGGUUCUCUGUUACUGGAGUCUUCUAAGUAACAGUAAGAAAAAAAUAUGUAGUUUUUAAUCAGAAGCUCACCAUUUGAAGAGAUUUGAAAAAUAUAUCUGAAUCCUUACUCUUAUUUUCUUGGAUAAACCCAGUUGUUACUAAAUUUCAAAAGUUUUCCAGAUAAUUUGUGUGUGUGUGUGUGUGUGUGUGUGUGUGUGUGUGUGUGUGUGAGAGAGAGAGAGAGGGGGGGGGGAGGGAAGAGGGGGGGUAGUGACACUCACCCAUUUAAAGUGUUAUUGGAAGUGAUACCAGUAUUGAAUGUUGUGUUUCCUCCCUCCUUUUUUUCUCUUCAUCUGUGUAUGUUUUUUUUUUUUUUUUUUUGUGUGUGUGUGUGUGUCUGUCUGUCUGUAUGCAUGUUUUGAGGCCACUCUUUGCACUAGACCAUCUCUCAUUGGUGAUAUUGGCCUAUAUCCCCAAAUGACAAAUUCAAAUCUUAUUUAUUUAAUAUACAAGGAGUAUUUUGCUGUUUAAUAUUUAAACAACGUUUAAUAUAUUUCAUUAUUAAUUAGUAUCAUAGCUUAUGGUUUGUUUACUGUUUGCUUAUUAUUUUACUAAGUUCUUUAGCAGCAGAAGAACAGCAGUUUAUACAGGAAGAACUAAUUCACAAUGAGGAAAUUCUCAAGUCUUUAAGUUCAAAGAACUACUAAUUUCUUUGCUAUGCAGAGUAAGAUACAAUUCAACUAUGAAAAGAAAAGCAUAGUUUGAGUUAGUCUACACAAAAAAGUAAAAGUUCUCACCUAAAUGAAAAUUUAUCUAAUAAAUACUGAAGGAACAUUUCCUAAAUAAAAAUUUCUGUGAUUUCUUAACACAAAGUGAUGACAGUGUUUUUGUUUUGUUUUGUUUUGUUUUGUUUUUUGGAAAGUGGGAAGAGAUUAUUUAUUGCACUGAUGAGCUAUGCAAAAUUAUUUAACAUUUUAUAAUAACUUACAGUAUUAUUAAUACUGUAGUUACUGAAGCUGGUCAGAAUCAUUUAGAAAGUGGCUUUAAAUUUUGUGGAUUUUUGUUUGUUGUUGUUGUUUGUUUGUUGGCUUGAGGAUAAACCCAGAGCUAUGUGCAUUUUAAGCAAGCACUUCUAUCACUGAGUUACACUCCAAACCAUAAAUUGUGAAAUUGGUUAGAUGCAAAAGUAUAACUAAACCAGAAAAGUUUUAUUUUUAGUCCCCCACUCCAGGGAAAUUUAUUAAAGCAUGUGUAUGAAUGUCCAUACAUGCAUACACAGAGAAGUCAAUAGAUUUGUUAUUCUGUAUAAUUUAAAUUUAUGUAGAAUGUUGAGAAAAUUAUAAAAGUAUAGAAAUUUCAACUGAAAAGCUGGUGUCUGCUGUUUUUACAAUAAAUGAAAUUUUAAUUUAAUUGCAUUUACUUUGGAAUUACUGGACUGAAUUUUCAUUAUCCAUUGGGCUUAAUUUUCAUAUGGUGAUUUUCAUUAAUUUAUAGUAAAAUGGAGAAUUGGUCAACCUUGACUUGGAGAAUUUAAAUAGAUUUUUUUUUUUUUUGACAUCCCUGGCCAUGUUUAGAAGUAUGUAUUGUCCCUAACAUAGUUUCUGCACUAACAUGUUGGCAGAACAGCUGAGAAGAAAUUGAAAAUGUACACUAAAUGUAUAAAGAAAUCUUUUUAGUAAGUACGCAUAAAUUAAUAAUGCUUUCAGGUCACUGAUGUGUUUGGGAUUGUAUAUUAUUUUAGGAACUGUUCAUAAGAGUAUCUUGGAAGUUAUAAAUUGCCAUAUACUGAAAUGCAGUAAGCAUUUUUAUAUGAAUAAAGUUUGUGAACUACAACCAGAUUUGUGCCAAAAUUUAAAAGAUGAGAUUAUAGUAUGU